AUGACGUUCAGCCAGUCCACAGUUGGGCUGCAGCCCUGUGGGGGGGGGGGGCGGGGGGGAGGUGGUGGUGGUGGUGAUGAUGGUGGUGGUGAUGGUGGUGAUGGUGGUGGUGCUGGUGGUGAUGGUGGUGAUGGUGGUGGUGGUGGUGAUGGUGGUGAUGGUGAUGAUGUUGGUGGUUGUGAUGGUGAUGGUGGUGAUGGUGAUGAUGGUGGUGAUGGUGAUGGUAAUGAUGAUGGUGGUGGUGGUAGUGAUGGUGAUGAUGGUGGUGAUGAUGGUGGUAGUGAUGGUGAUGGUGGUGAUGGUGUGGUGGUGGUGAUGGUGGUGGUGAUGGUGAUGAUGGUGGUGAUGGUGGUGGUGAUGGUGGUGGUGAUGGUGGUGUUGGUGAUGGUGGGGGGUAGUGAUGGUGGUGGUGAUGAUGGUGGUGAUGGUGGUGAUGACGGUGGUGGUGAUGAUGGUGGUGGUGAUGGUGGUGAUGGUGACGGUGGUGGUGAUGAUGGUGACGGUGGUGGUGAUGAUGGUGAUGAUGGUGGUGGUGAUGGUGAUGAUGAUGGUGACGGUGGUGAUGGUGGUGGUGGUGGUGGUGAUGAUGGUGGUGGUGUGGUGAUGGUGAUGGUGGUGAUGAUGGUGGUGAUGGUGGUGAUGGUGGUGGUGAUGGUGAUGAUGGUGGUGGUGAUGGUGGUGAUGGUAAUGAUGGUGAUGGUGGUGGUGAUGGUGGUGAUGGUGGUGGUGGUGGUGGUGAUGGUGGUGAUGAUGGUGGUGGUGACGGUGAUGAUGGUGAUGAUGGUGAUGGUGGUGGUGAUGGUGACGGUGGUGGUGAUGGUGGUGAUGAUGGUGACGGUGGUGGUGAUGAUGGUGGUGGUGGUGAUGAUGAUGGUGACAGUGGUGGUGAUGAUGGUGACGGUGGUGGUGAUGGUGGUGGUGGUGGUGGUGGUGAUGGUGAUGAUGGUGGUGGUGAUGGUGGUGGUGAUGGUGGUGUUGGUGAUGGUGGGGGGUAGUGAUGGUGGUGGUGAUGGUGAUGAUGGUGGUGAUGGUGGUGAUGACGGUGGUGGUGAUGGUGGUGGUGACGGUGGUGAUGACGGUGGUGAUGACGGUGGUGAUGACGGUGGUGAUGACGGUGGUGGUGGUGAUGGUGGUGGUGGUGGUGGUGGUGGUGGCAGCGGUGGCAGCACAGGCUGCCGGGGCGUGACUGGCCAGCUCAAGACUCCAUGUGCUUGUGUGCAGGUCCUUGGGCCAGUCCCGGAGCAGGCACGGCUGGAUAUCUGCUGCCGGCUUCCUGCCCUCUCCUCCUCCCACAGCCUCACCCAGCCCAUCCCCAGACCCGUGUCCCUCUUGGUCUCAUGCCCGCCUCAGAAGAGGGGCCAACCCUGCCCACACCCCCAUCUGCGGCACACCUUCCUGGCCUGUGGGUCCGAGCUGUGAGGGGAGCCGUGGACCUGUGGAGGAUCCUUACUGGGCGCAGCCAGAAUCCAGCAACUCGUCUUGGAUCCCGCAGAGCUGACAGGGUCAGAGUCACAGGCCCAGAUGCGAGAGCAGCAGAGUGGUGCCCCAGGGACGCAACCAAACUGGGAGAGGAGGGGGAGAGGGUCGUCAUGCAGCCUGCAGAGAGGAGGCCCAGAGAAGCCCGUCUCUGAAUCAGGAUGGCUGUGGUGGACACCAGCAGUCCGAAGCCAACCUCCAGGCUGGAGGGAGGAAAUGAAUGGGGGACUGAUUGGAUUCAGAAAGCCCAGGGUAGAUCUGGCUUCAGGGGUGGCUGGAUGCAGGAAACAACGCCAUGCUGGGACCCUUGUCUCCCUGUGUUGAUGGCCACCGCUUCCCAGACCUCAGCUUCCAUCAAGCAGGAGCAGGUGAACUUAACCCACUGCUUCAAAUGGAAACUCAUCCCUGACCUAAUCACUAGUGGGCCAGACCAGGGGCACCCGCCACCACCUGGGCCAUCAGCACUCCACAGGCAGGUGGGGUCCCCUCAGGCCAGAGGAAGAGGAGUGUCCCAGGUUGUCAGUGGAAAGCAGACCGGCUGCUGGCAGUGGCUCUGGGGCUUAAACCCAGCAGGCCACUCAGCCUGCUAGACCUCAGCCUGCUGAGGCCUGACCCUAAUGGGGACUCUACUGGCAGCGGCCUGGAGGGAGCUCCAGGCGGGUCUCAGUUACUCCCCUCGGAGAUGCCCGCCCGUGUGGGGUGGGACAUGGAGGAGCCCAGACACACUUGGGGAGAUUCACAGCUCCCUGCAGAAUGCAUUUCAAGGACCUUGAGGCACAUGGAGUGCAGCCCAGUCACGCCUCUCUCAGUCUACGCCAUCUCUCAGGACAUCGGCAAAAGUGAAUGCAGCGGAGUGAAGCCAUGUGCAUUCUUUCCUGCUUUCAGCCACUGUCCCAGCUAUUCGGAGGGGCCUGAGGGAGACCCCGUUGUGAAGAUUGGCCCGCUGAAGGUGGCCAGCCCCACCAUGAGCUCUGUGACCUGCAGAAGGGCUGCCUUGCCAGCUCCCAGGAGACCGUCGUUCUGGUCUCAGGAAUGUCGUGACCCAGUAACUUAAAGACAGCCAUUUAAAAAUCAUGAAAAUUUGGAAUUCAUAAGUCACGCUAAAGGUAGUAAGCACUCAGGACUCCUCUCUUCCCAGUGAAUUUACUGCAUCUGACCGUCACGUGUGCUCUCAGGGGUAUUUGCGUCGACAUGUCUGCAUGACGCAGGUUCUCUAUGAUGGUGUGCAUCCUGCCCACCCGCCCGUUUGUGGACCUCAAGUUGGUGGCUUGAAAUUUGUCCCCCGGGAGGAUUCACACCGUGGAAAUUGAUAAAUGCUACACAUCAGG